AUGACCGUUCAGUUACUGGACUCCAAAGAACAGUUACCCGUUUAUCCUGUUGAUUAUCCGUCACCACAUUGGCUGAAAUUUUCAAAUCAAGGUCAAUUUCAUCCAUUAAAAUAUUUAUUUGGUAUAAGCCAAAUUCUUACAAAAAAAUUACAAAAUUGUAAAAUCUAUACAAAUACUCACGUAAAUGAAGUUGUUGAUGAUGAAUCUGACAAAGGUGUGUAUGUGAUAACAUCAGAAGGAAAACGAGUGGAUGGAAAAAAAAUUGUUUUGGGUACAUAUGCACCGAUUAAUGAUCGAAUUACAAUGUAUACAAAAAUGGCGGAGUACAGAACGUACGCAAUGGCAUUUGAAGUUGAAAAGGGCAUUAUUCCACGUGCGUUAUAUUGGGAUACAGAUAAGCCAUACAAUUAUCACCGUUUAACAGAUGAUGAUACAAAUCCUCAAAGUGGGAAAGAAUUAUUAAUUGUUGGUGGGAAAGAUAAUUUAACGGGUCACAAUCUUGGUGAAUUCGAAGACAGAUAUACUGAUUUAGAAGAUCUGGCAAGAAAAAAAUUUCCAGUUGCUGGCAAAUUACGUUACAGGUGGUCGGGACAAGUUAUCGAACCAAUUGAUAGAUUACCAUUUUUAGGAUUAAAUCCAGGAAAUAAAAAUGUUUAUAUAAUAACAGGAGAUUCAGGCACAGGUAUGACAAAUCAAACAAUUGGAGCAUUAUUGAUCAAAGAUUUAAUAUAUGGCAUUAAAAAUCCAUGGAAACAUAUUUAUUGUCCAUCACGUAAAAUGACACAUAAUCCGUUAGAAUAUAUUAAACAUAAUUUAGAAGUAUCAAUACCAAGUUAUUUAGAUUAUGUUAAACCUGGUGAUUGUCCAGAUAUUGAAGAAUUAAAACCGGGAGAUGGAUGUAUUAUAAGAGAAGGUCUUUGGAAAUUAGCUGUAUACAAAGAUACCAAUGGUACUCUAUAUAAAUUUUCAGCCAUAUGUCCACAUUUAAAAGCCCUAGUUAGAUAUAAUCCAUUAGAAAAAACAUUUGAUUGUCCAUUUCAUGGAAGUAGAUUUGAUCGAUUUGGAAAAGCUAUCAAUGGUCCUGCUAAUAGUAAUUUAACAGAAGAAUAUUGUGAAAUUAUUCCAGCAAAAACAAGAACAACAACAGUUGAAUAG